UGUGUUUUGAUUCAGCUGUAAAUGUAGGGAAUUUCCCUUUGGCUCAGCGGUAGAGAAUCGGGCUGGAGAGCCAAUGGUCGCGGGAUUGAGGCCCAGCGACGGCACUAUCUUUAUCACUAUUCUUCGUCCUAAGUACUAUAGUACAUUAUAACAGUCUAAAACAACAGAAUUACUCAGCUUUGCAGCCAUGGAUGAGGUGCAGGCUGCUGAGUUUGAACUGCUGGAGGAACUCAUGGAAGUCGAGACAGCCGAAAAGAAACAAGAAACCCUGAGGAAAUACAUCGAAAAAAUGGAAACGAACAUCACAUUUCCUAUACCCGACUUUGAAAAUGAUCUACAAUGGCUAAACACAGCUUUGCCACUCUCUCUAACUAAGGAGCUAGAGGGAAAAUUAGUGGUAAUGGAUUUUUUCACCUAUUGUUGUGUGAAUUGUCUUCAUAUCCUCCCAGACUUGGAACAGCUCGAGGAACUGUACAAAAUUCAAGACGGAGUUGUAGUUCUUGGUGUUCACUCAGCCAAAUUUGAUAAUGAGAAAGUACUUUCUAAUAUUCUCAGUGCAGUACUUCGUUACAAUAUAAACCAUCCGGUCGUAAAUGACGGUGAAGCCACACUAUGGAACAAACUACGUAUAGCAUGUUGGCCUACACUGUUGGUUGUUUCACCUACGGGGAAAUAUUUACGGGCAUUUGUAGGAGAAGGACAUAAGGAAAGUUUAGAAGAGUUCCUUAAACUUGCUUUAGAUUACUAUAGGCAGAAAGGUAUGAUAAAGACACACUCAUUGCCAAUUUCACUUGAGAAGGAUAAACUACCAGCAACUCCGUUAAAGUUUCCUGGAAAAGUUGCUGUCAGUGGAGACGGAAAGCUGAUUGCAAUAGCCGACAGUGGACAUGAUCAAGUGCUCAUUUGUAGUAAAGAUGGCAUUGUUCAGUCUGUCGUGGGAGGAGGAAAGAAGGGACUCCAGGAUGGUAGUUUCAAGGACUCACAAUUUAACUCCCCACAAGGAAUGGUGUUCGUGGGAGACGACCUGUAUGUUGCUGAUACAGAAAACCAUGUCGUUAGGAAGGUAGGUCUGAAGUCCGGGUCGGUAACAACUGUGGUAGGAACAGGUGUCCAAGGACAGGAUAAGGAGGGGGGAAAUACAGGAACACAACAGGAAAUUUCCUCACCGUGGGACCUGGAUUUAGGCCGCUCUAUAGGUAGUGAAUCAAAAGACAUUCUGUUCAUUGCCAUGGCUGGCACACAUCAAAUCUGGGUGUAUUUCCUUCAGGAUGGAAAAUGGUACAAGGGGAGGCAUCAUAAAGCCAGAACAUGCCUAAGAUUCGCCGGGAGUGGGAGUGAGGAGAAUCGUAACAAUAGCUACCCUGCUAGGGCUGCGUUUGCCCAACCGUCUGGUCUGGCAGUAUCCACACAUCCUGACGUUAAUUCGGUGUUUGUGGCCGAUAGCGAGAGCUCCACUGUCAGGAGUGUUACCCUGAAGGAUGGAGCAGUAAAGGGUUUUGUUGGUGGAGAGAAAGAUCCCAUGAACCUGUUUGCCUAUGGUGAUGCGGAUGGCGUAGGAAUUGAGGCCAAACUUCAGCACCCACUCGGUGUGGCCUUAGUAACAGAUAACAAAGGGCCACUGCUUGUUGCUGACUCAUACAACCACAAGAUAAAAUCAGUUGAUAUAAUCAGCAAAAAAUGUGAAACAUGGGCUGCACCAUCUAGUGGCAGUUCAGAAAAGGGAAACAACUCCAUACCUAUUGACCUCAAUGAACCUGGCGGAUUGUGUGUGGACCAGGUCCAUCAGCUGCUGUAUAUAGCAGACACAAACAACCAUGUGAUCAGAACAGUUGACUUGGCUACCAGUGCAGUUUCUCAGCUCCCUAUCCUUUUUCCAAACCCUGAUGAGGCAGACGGUACCAAGGAGAAGCAAGUUAAGGACUUUGUGAAGCCAAGCACGGUUGUCAUAGAUUUGCCGCCAGUACACAUUGCACCUGCUACAAAGGUGGAUGUGAGACUGCACAUUCCACUACCCGACGGACAUCACUUCACUGACGAGGCUCCCAGUAGCUGGUUAAUGGUUUGUAAAGAUGAGGCAAACACAAUUUUGAACAUUGAAUUUGAUACAAAUGGUCGUAUUGAAAGUUCUGAAGAGCAGUCCCUGAUGUCCUUCACCUUGCCAAGUGACCUUGACCUUCAGAAAUAUGUCCACCUGUACAUCAAGUGCCGCGUGUUCUACUGUGAUGAUAGCAAUGUCUGUCGCCUGAAAGAAAAUGUGUACAAACAAGUUAUUUUCUUUAAGGAUAUGGCCGAGGCCAUCGCCAGUCAAUCUGUCCUGUUGAAUUUCACAUUUUAAAUGUCUCGAGGGCAAGAAAUGCAAUCAAGCCCUCUUCAUUUGGUAACUGACAUUCCCAACAAAAAGAAGCUGGAGAUAAACCGGCUGGAUAACUUUGGGUAGAAAAUGGAAAUUCCCCCAUGACUGAAUAGUUACAGAAGUUGUUAAGGUAUUUUGCUGCAAAUACAAAGUGUGACCACAUUAUAUUUAUUAGCUCUUUCGUUUUGAAAAGUACUAGAUAACAUUUUACAUAAAAAGAUAUUUGUGAAAACAAAUUGCUUUUAGUCAAAUGUAUAUUAUGAAUCACUUUCCUUUUUCGAGAUAUUUAUGUUUGUUCCAUUGACUGAAGAUAGACAGAUAUGUGUUCAAAGGUCUUGUGAAUAGCUGCUCCAACAAGGUUUAUAUUAAUAUUUGCUGUAAUUGUUCCAGUCUUUGCUUGUGUAAGUGGUGUCACAAUCUCCUUACAUUUACCUGACAUACUGUAUACCUAGGUCUUUCAGUAAAUUUUUACUGAACAUUUGUGUGCCUUGCUGACGCGUGGGAUGGGAUGGAAAAUACUGCAGACAAGAAUUGGAACCCAGAUACUCCUAAAAGAGCUGUGUACCUGGUAGUAAGGGAUAAAUACCUACUAUGUAUACAUCAUGCCUCUUUUUCAAUGCCAUCAAAGACUACACUAUUUACAACCCAAGUUCAUGUUCAGGUAUCCCCCUGCAAAGAACACAUUUCUAAAAAUGGUUGGUGAAUUUUUAACAGGACAACGUUUUUUAACAGGACGGGAACAAAGCAACUUAACAGGCCAGUGUGGGACUCGUACCCCAAACUGAUUAACUCUGUACAGAUGUUUUGGUGAAUCAAGUUUUGUUUGUUCCUAGUCGCAGGUGAUUGACCAAGUUCAAUCUCACCAUAUACAUAUAUAAUAUGUGAUCUUUAAUACAUUUUGGCCAAUUUAUACUUAACCUUAUUGGUUUAAAGAAAAUUUGAAGGAAAUCUUUCAUAAACUUGAACUUUGUAAUACUUUAAAACAUUAGGUUCAAAACUAAAACUAUAUGGGAUUAACAUUACUGAAAAAGUAUGAUUUUUUUAAAACAUUAUUGGAUGUUUAAAAAAAAUUGAUGAUACAAUAUUGAUUGUAAUAAAUAAUCAUAAUAACCUUUAUUUUCUGAGGAUAAAACCUAUUAAGCAAAGCUUAUCUUCCACAGGGUCCUCUGAAUUGCUUAGGAUUAAAUAUUCAUGGUAUAUUUUCGUUUGCAAUGAUUUUUUCCCCACUUGAUUGCUAAAUUAAAAGCUUUUUAAAUGACCUGUGUGGGAGCUGUGAUAGCCAUUGAUUCAAAGGUGCUGAUACACAUAUAUAUGUGUAUUAUUUUAUGUUCAAUAAUAUAUAUGUGUAUUAUUUUAUGUUCAAUAUGAGGAUGGAAUGUAUUUUUUAUAUUCUUUGUGUUACUUGUUGCAUUCUUACAGCUUGUAUUUUAUCGUUUGGUAAAUAUGUAUAUUUAUAUGUUUUAGAUAUUUGCCACCUUUUAUACUAUUAUAUAUAUAUUAGAGAUAAUAUAU